AUGUCGGCCCCACUCGACGUCGAGGCUCUUCUUGAGUCUACAGCCGCCCCCGCCGAUCCCACUCCCGAGAAUGAUGACAAGCAUGACAGAUCUCGAGCGGAUGCAGAGGACCGCCGUGAUCGGUCUCGUUCUCGUGACCGAUACCGCCGUCGUGACCGCAGCCGUGACCGCCGCCGAGACCGUGACGUUGACGCCGACGAUGAAAUGAAGAGCGACCACGGCAGCGCUAAUGGCAGCCAUCGCAGCCGGCCCUCGGCGAGACGGAGCCGGAGUCGCGACAGUGACCGCCGCCGGUCUCGCCAGGACCGCGACGAUUACCGCUCCAGUGGCGAUUACUACCGCGGCGGUGGCCGUGCCCGCACUCGCUCGCGUUCGCCUGAUGACCGUCACUACCGCCCUUCCCGACGUGACCGCGAUGAUGAGCGACGCCGGGGUGGCCGAACUCGCCGCCGAAGCCCAACCAAAUCCCCUGAACCGAACGAGGAUGAACGCGACCGACGCACGAUUUUUGUUCAACAGCUUGCCAUCCGCCUGAGAAGCAAGGAUCUGAUCGCCUUCUUCGAGAAAGUCGGCCCUAUCAAGGAGGCUCAAAUUGUGAAGGACCGCGUUAGUGGCCGUUCCAAGGGCGUCGGCUACGUUGAGUUCAAGAAUGAAGACUCCGUGCCCGCUGCGAUUCAGCUUACCGGCCAAAAGCUUCUAGGCAUCCCUAUCAUCGCCCAACUGACCGAAGCCGAAAAGAACCGACAAGCCCGCAACCCGGAGGCGAGCUCCGGUGGAUCAUCGCAUUCAGCUCCAUUUCACAGACUCUAUGUGGGUAAUGUCCACUUCAGUAUCACUGAAGAAGAUCUACAGCAUGUCUUUGAACCGUUCGGCGAACUUGAGUUCGUUCAGCUCCAGAAAGAAAAUGGUCGCAGCAAAGGAUACGCAUUCGUGCAGUUUCGGGAUGCUAACCAAGCUCGUGAGGCCUUGGAGAAGAUGAAUGGGUUUGAACUUGCUGGUCGGGCCAUCAGAGUUGGGCUUGGCAACGAUAAGUUCGACGCUGCAGCCGGUCGCCACCAGAACUCGGCUACAAACGGACAAAUGUACCAGGGUUCUUCUUUCUCGGGCCAUGGAGGUCGCGGAGUUCAAGCUGGUGGUUCGAACAAUUUCGACCGUGCCGGCGGCAGAGAUCACGACAAGACCGGCGGUGCCAGUGCCUUGGACGAUGCAGACGUCGCGGGAGUAAACUACAGCAACUUUAAUAGAGAUGCCCUGAUGAGAAAACUCGCGCGAACAGAUGAAACCGAGCCGACUGCUGAUCAACAGCGCGAAGUCCUCCGACCCAAGACAGAGCACAAGCCCCUGCCUCUCAACGUGAACAUGGCGAGCCGCUGUGUUAUGCUUCGAAACAUGUUUGACCCUGCCGAGGAGGAGGGUUCAGGCUGGGUUAAAGAAUUGGAGGAGGAUGUUCGCGCCGAGUGCGAAGAGAAGUAUGGCCAUGUUGUUCACAUCUCGGUAGACUCGAACUCCCAAGGCGACAUUUACCUCAAAUUUGACCGAGUUCAAGGUGGCGAAAACGCUAUCAAGGGUCUGAACGGGCGCUUCUUCGGCGGCAAGAUGAUCACGGCUCAGCCGGUCGUGGACGCUGUCUACAGCAGCCUUUUCUCCCGCACCAAGGCCCUCUAA